GGUUCAUCGUGUACUCCUCAUUUGUCUUGUCAACUUUUCUUGAAUUUCUUUGGUUUUAGUUAAAAGAAAACGAAACAGAAAGUGUUUUCUAAAGUUUAAACUAUAAUGUAAAAUGUCACAAAAGUUGUUCAUGUGUAUUUAUAAUCUUCCUAUCUGAAUAAGUGCUCCAUCGGGUGUUCAUAGGAAUAUAAUUUUAAUCCGUAAUAAGUCUAAUUAUUCAAGAUGGUUUUAGCAGAUUUAGGUCGUAAAAUAACCACUGCAUUACAGUCACUUAGCAGGGCCACUAUCAUCAAUGAAGAGGUAUUGAACUCUAUGCUAAAACAAAUAUGCGCAGCACUGUUGGAGGCUGAUGUAAACAUUCGUCUGGUGAAAAACUUGCGCGAGAAUGUACGCGCCGUCAUUGAUUUCGAUGAGAUGGCUGGAGGGCUCAACAAACGGCGAAUGAUACAGUCUGCUGUCUUUAAAGAACUUGUAAAGCUUGUAGACCCUGGGGUGAAGCCAUACCAACCAAUCAAAGGCAAGCCCAACAUAAUCAUGUUCGUAGGGCUCCAGGGUUCUGGUAAGACCACAACCUGCACAAAAAUGGCAUACCAUUAUUUGAGGAAGAAUUGGAAGUCUUGUCUAGUUUGUGCUGACACCUUCAGGGCUGGUGCCUAUGACCAGGUCAAACAGAACUGCACCAAAGCCAGAAUACCAUUUUAUGGAAGUUACACAGAAGUGGAUCCAGUGGUGAUAGCAAGCACUGGUGUGGAGAUGUUUAAGAAGGAAGGCUUUGAGAUCAUCAUAGUGGACACCAGUGGUCGCCACAAGCAAGAAGAGUCCUUGUUCGAGGAGAUGUUAGCUGUUUCCAAUGCCAUAAAACCAGAUAACAUAAUUUUCGUGAUGGAUGCCACAAUAGGUCAAGCUUGCGAGGCUCAAGCUAAAGCUUUCAAAGAGAAGGUGGACAUUGGAUCCGUUAUUAUCACAAAGUUAGACGGACAUGCCAAGGGUGGUGGUGCACUUUCUGCUGUAGCUGCGACUCAGAGUCCCAUCAUAUUUAUAGGUACAGGAGAGCACAUUGAUGAUUUGGAGCCAUUCAAAACCAAGCCAUUCAUUAACAAACUGUUGGGUAUGGGUGAUAUAGAGGGACUUUUAGACAAGGUCAAUGAACUUAAACUAGAUGACAAUGAUGAAUUAAUAGAAAAACUUAAACAUGGACAGUUCACCCUCCGGGCUAUGUAUGAACAGUUCCAAAAUAUCAUGAAAAUGGGACCUUUUUCACAGAUUAUGGGUAUGAUCCCAGGAUUUUCUCAAGACCUAAUGUCAAAAGGUAGUGAACAAGAAUCAAUGGCGAAAUUGAAGCGACUUAUGACUAUAAUGGACUCUAUGAAUGAAGGUGAACUUGACCAUCGUGACGGCGCCAAAUUAUUUUCCAAACAGCCUACCCGCAUCACGAGAGUCGCGAAUGGCGCCGGUGUUACUGAAAGAGAUGUGAAAGAUUUAAUUGCGCAAUAUACUAAAUUCGCUGCUGUAGUAAAGAAAAUGGGUGGAAUUAAGGGCCUUUUUAAAGGUGGCGAUAUCGCAAAGAAUGUCAAUCAGAAUCAAAUGGCAAAACUCAACCAACAAAUGGCUAAGAUGAUGGACCCACGUAUUCUUCAACAAAUGGGCGGAAUGUCUGGACUUAAUAACAUGAUGCGUCAGCUGCAACAGGGCUCCAGCGGAAUGAACAGUUUAAUGGGAGGCAAAUGACAAUAGGUUUUGUACAUGAGCCACUGAUACAACCUCUGUAAUAUAUUAUACAGUGCUUCUAUUUUCUCAAUGUCCUUCGGCAAACUUCGUGUUUCGUCUGUCGUCGGGUUUUAUGCAGUUGCCCUUUGGCUUUGGUACAGACUGGACGCUUUCAGUCGACUUGGAAGUAUAUAGAGUUGCUAUUACAUUUUUUAUACAUGUUAUACAAUGGGAGGAAAGCUGCUAAAGUUACAGGCACGACAGAUAUGUUACAGCAAGUAAUUGUAGUUUUUGCAAGUAGCCGAUACGUUCAAGAAAUACAACAUUGAUUAUUGUCAAACAGUCCAAAAAUGUGUUUCUGUAGCUUGUGGAAAUUUGAACCGGUACAUGGACAAUUUUAUAAUAAAUACCUGUUCGAGUCUGUGUUUAUUCCAUCGAUGGCGAACAUACUAACAUAGCUAUGUCAGAUGAAGAAAUGCGUUCAGAUACGAACUAAAUUGAAAUUAUUACCAACUAGAAAAAUAUUCAUUUUUAGUUAUAUAAAAGAAGCACG